AUGUCUCACCAAGGGCCUCCUAGGCCUUUUCGCCCUAUCGCUCCAAGGACCUUGUCCGAUACGCCAACAGCGGGACCUGCCGCUGAGGAAAGUAAGAUACGGAGAGCAUCAACAGCUUGUACAGAGUGCCAACGACGUCGGACCAAGUGUAGUGCAAACUCGACCGGUACCCCAUGUUCCGAAUGCGCCCUCCACGGCCGAGAUUGCAUCAUCGACGAGUUCGCCGACAAACGUCGUAAGGUUGUGCGAGAUCGCGCCCAGGAGGAGUUAGUAUACUACCGCGAGUUUGUUGAGCAGCUGCUGGCGGCCAUUCGGCACGGCAAGCGUACAGACGUCGACGCCAUUAUCAAUGUCAUCCAGUCGGGAGCCUCGCUCGAGAAGAUACACUUGAUCGUCGCCCAAUCACUGAGUCAUACAACCGAUGUCGAUGGGCUUGAGAUUACCGUCCCUGAACUGAAUGUACCGGAUGGCGUAUCUGCGGAAGCGUCUCCCGAUGCUGGGCUGAGCGCGAUCUUGAAUAAAGAUUCAUGA